UUUUCUCUUCUUUUGUUAGUACAUUCAGACUUUACGAUGUUCACUUUUUCUUAGUCUUGGAAUUAUUAUGAUGCAUACACACUGCACUGUAUGACAUUCACUUUUUGUUACAUGUCAAUUAUUGUGACGAUUAAGGCUAGUCAUUUACUCUUUAAUCAUACUUCUCCUGGUUCUUGAUCUGGCCAAAUUCCAUUUUAAUUUCGUGCAUCAGUUUCAGAUUUCUGAAAGUUUGGGGGAUGGCUGUUGCUGCUUAUGCUUCGCUGGUUUCUCUUACGCAUGUCCUUGACAACGUUCAUUACCGUGCUGAGCUUCGUCACCUUCAUGUCAACAUAAAUAUAAUUGAAAGUUUCCAGGGAAGUGUCAAUUUCUUGCUGGAAUUUGUAGAAGUUCAUUCAAGAAAAGAAAGUAAAAGGAUCGAUGGUUUGUGGAAGCAAAUAUCUAUGGUUGCCUUUGAAGCAGAAGAAAUAUUUGAUUUACAUGUAGUGAAUCAAAUUCAGCUCCGAUCUGAAGGAGUAAAAUCUGAUCUGGGAUCUUCAGCUUUCAAUGAAGAUAUCGAGCGAUUGAUCCAAAAGAUUGUCUCCAUCAAAGAAGAGCUGUUGGUGGAGGAACCCUUAAUGCAGGAAGUCCAAUCUGGGAAACAACCAAAAGUUUCUGAGCAUGGUGGUACUUCGAUGGCUACCUCAGAAGAUAUGCUCACUGGAAGACAGCCCAUCAAUUCAUUAAGCAGGGAAGCUUCGUUAGCUACUCCAGCCCUCAGCAAGAAUACAAUUGUGGGAUUAGAUAAACAUGUCGAAGCGAUUGUGGAUUUGCUGACAAGAGAUGAACCUGCACUCCAAAUCAUCCCUAUUGUAGGGAUGGGUGGUAUUGGUAAAACUACUCUAGCUAAAGCUGUUUUUGAUAGCCAAUGUACUGUCGAUCACUUUGAUAGAUGUAUUUGGCUUACGAUAUCACAAGAGUAUACCGUGGAGAACAUUCUAGAAGGUCUUUUAAAUGAUGGGAAAAUUAAAAAACGUUACGCAUCUCGUGAUGGGUUAAGGGAGGCUUUGUACAAAGAAUUAUUUGAUAGACGUUAUCUGAUUGUUUUGGAUGACGUGUGGAGUGAUCAGGCUUGGAAUGAUUUAAGAAUGUGCUUUCCGAAUAACAAUAAUAGAAGCCGGGUUAUGAUGACUACUCGGCUUCAAAAUGUGGCUGGCUGUUUGAGCCAUCACAACUUUUAUUCGAUGACUUUUUUAGAUGAGAAUGAAAGCUGGAAUUUAUUUUGUCGGACAAUCUUUGGGAAAGAAGAUUUCCCAAACCAAGAAUUAGAAGAAUUUGCAAGAAAGAUUGUCAAAAGUUGUAAGGGACUUCCUUUAGAAAUUAUUGUAAUUGGAGGGCUACUUGCAAAGUCCGACAUGUCGAGAGAAUAUUGGAUGUCUGUUGCGCGUAAUGUGAGCUCCUACGCUAAUUUUGAAGAUGGUGAACAUUGCUUCAAGAUAUUGUCUUUAAGUUAUAACAACUUGCCGAUCCACCUCAAGCCGUGUUUCCUCUUUAUGAGCUCUUAUCGCGAAGACUCUGUGAUUCAUGUCAACGAACUAAUUUUGAAAUGGAUUGCUAGCGGAUACAUAAGAGCCGUGAAUGAGAAAAGUUUGGAGGACAUUGCUAUGGAUUACAUCAAUGAUCUCAGUUCUAGGAAUCUAAUUGUUGUCCACUCAAUCCAGAAGUUCGGUAUGAUAAAAUUAAAGUGUGGGAUUCAUGAUUUGUUACGAGACAUGUGCCGGAAAGAGUUUGACAAGGAGCAGUUUAUACCAUCCCCAAAGGUGCAAACAAUGGGGUUAUCUAGUUUUUUAGAUAUACUCGACAAGCCGGCUUGCAUUAUUUGUGGUUGUCGUUAUAGAACAUGCAACGAAUAUUUGAUAGAUUUUUCAAAAUCUAUUCUUUGUGACAGUUGUCGAGUGAUGUAUUCAUAUGUUACUAGAGCAAGAUUGGUGGCGAUAAUGAGUGAAACCUCUAAAAAUUUCUUGCAUCCUACUCGCCUGCCGCAUGUUUUUGUUUCAACUCAAGCCCGAUAUGCUUCUGUUUUGAGUCCAAGGUGGGAUAUCUCGUCCAAUGCACAUUGGCAACCUAUGUUGUCCGAAUUACACUUUCUUUGGAAUCUUCAGAUCUUAAAACUACACCUAUAUUCCAUGUAUAGUCCAGUCGUUUUUCCGAAUGAAAUAUGGGAGAUGACACAACUCAGGCAUAUCGAAGUCAAUAGAGAAGGGGCAAUUUUGCCAGAUCCUCAAGGAUUCACUAUUCUCAAAAGGCUCCAAAGCCUUUCUGACAUAUGGAAUUUUCAGUGUACAAAGAAUGUCUACGACAGAAUUCCGGAUUUAAAGAUACUGAAGAUCAAUUAUAAGUUUAAGUAUGAAGCAAGUAUUGGAUGUUCGGGGAAAUCUCUUUGUAAUCUUAUCCGACUCCAAAAUCUUCGGAAAUUGGAAAUAUAUCAGCUUCCGGAGAACAUUUCCUUUCCAAGUUCUUUAAAAGAGUUGUAUCUGAACAGAAGCAGAUGCAAAAUUCCUUGGAGUGGUAUGUCGAUCAUUGGCUCAUUACCCAAUCUCGAGAUACUUAAAUUGGAUCGUGCCACUGAAGGGUCCGAAUGGAUUCCAUGCAAGGGUGAAUUUCUUCGACUGAAAAUUUUGUAUAUUUUAUGUGGGCAUUUAGCUCAAUGGCGAGCUGAUAAUGACAACUUCCCUGUUCUUGAGCUGCUUCAACUUGUGUGUCUCCGUUCGUUAGAAGAAAUCCCUUCGGGCAUUGGAGAUAUUCCGACAUUACGUAGAAUUGAAUUGGAUGGAUGUAGUAAAUCAGCUGUUGAUUCGGCAUUCGAAAUAUGGAAGGAACAACAGGACAUGGAAAAUGAGAUCCUUGAGAUUGUUGUCGAUGUUGGCUCUGAGUUCAUCUCAAUCAGUGAUUUAAUGUCCCGACUGAGGGAAGAAGAUGAGGGCAAUGAUUUACAGGUAGACACUUCAAUUAUGGAACGAGGAGUUGUAGAUCUUUGGAAAUGGGAUGUUCAUUUCAACAUAAGCUUAUUUGCAAUUGGUGAAUGUUGUAAUGGUUGGAAGGUGUUUGAUGAAAUGUCUAGCGGAAUCUAUUUUGGUUAUUCCGGCUUUCGUUAUAAAAAUGUAGCUACUAAUUUGAGUAUAAUGUGGAUAGAAUUGUUCGGGAAUAAUAACAAGGUGUUGGGAUAAAAAAAUCAUUUUGAUUAUGUAAUGUUUUAGAUUGUAC